AUGUGGUGCCGGGAAGAGGUAUGUGAUGAACCAGAGGAGUUAAAGAGAAAGGUGACUGAGCUGGCUGCUGCUGUCCGGAAUGCCAAGCACCUUGUCAUCUAUACAGGAGCCGGGAUCAGUACGGCAGCUUCAAUCCCGGACUACAGAGGCCCUAAUGGCAUAUGGACAUUGCUGCAGAAGGGCAGGAGCAUCAGGGCUACAGAUCUGAGUGAGGCAGAGCCCACGCUCACCCAUAUGAGCAUUGCCUGCCUACACAGGCAUCACCUGGUGCAGCAUGUGGUGUCUCAAAAUUGUGAUGGGCUGCACCUGCGGAGUGGGUUACCCCGAGCAGCAAUAUCUGAGCUUCAUGGAAACAUGUACAUAGAGGUCUGCACUUCCUGUACACCCAACAGAGAGUACGUGCGAGUAUUUGAUGUGACGGAGCGCACAGCCCUGCACAGGCAUCACACUGGCAGGAUGUGCCACAAGUGUGGGGCACAGUUGAGAGAUACAAUCGUCCACUUUGGGGAGAAGGGGACGUUGAGACAGCCCCUGAACUGGGAAGCAGCAACAGAGGCUGCAAGCAAAGCAGAUGUGAUUCUUUGUCUGGGUUCCAGCUUAAAGGUUUUGAAGAAAUACCCGCGUCUUUGGUGCAUGAGCAAGCCGCCCACUCGGCGCCCAAAGCUGUAUAUCGUGAACCUGCAGGGAGCGCUGCCGCCUCCCCCGGCGGCGGCUGUCGUCGCGCCGCGGCAGUGGGACGUUAAACCGCGGAGCCCCGGGGGGGUGUCCCGGCCGGGCUGCCGCCGUCGCCUCCCGCGGUGCCCGGCAGAGCGCACGCCGUGCCUGGACUGA